AUGGAUGCAAUUGGAGUAUACAGAGCGCAAAUAAGAGAAUUUUUUGAGCGCUCCCGAGGAGAGAAGCGCUACAAGUCUCUACUGCUGGCCAUCCCGCCUCCCCGAAGGAUUGUAAUUGACAUUGGAGACAUUCGAAGAUUCAACAAAGAUCUGUCUCUCGCCCUGCAGGAGAAUGCGAUUUCUCUGCUGCCUGCGUUUGAGGAAAUAGCGCAAGAAUACACCCAGACCUUUGUGAGCGUGGGAAUAUCUGGAGUGCUCCAUGGGGAAAAAGUCACUCCCAGAACGCUUCUGUCGAACUACAUCGGGAAAAUGGUUUCUAUAAAGGGGAUCAUCACAAGCGCCUCCAUAGUCAGGCCGAAAAUUAAAAAAAGCGUGCACUACAUACAGGCUUCCAACUCUUUUGUGAGCAAGGAGUACAGAGACAGCUGCACGCUUUCUAUCCUGCCGCCCACAACAACAGCCAUUCCCAAGCAGUCACUUGACGGAAACCCGCUGGAGCUGGAAUACGGGCUCAGCGAGUACAUUUCCCACCAGACAAUAACUCUGCAGGAAAUGCCUGAGCUGUCGCUCCCUGGGCAAAUGCCUCGCGCCAUCAGCAUCGUGCUCGAGAACGAUCUUGCCGGGCUGGUGAAGCCUGGGGAUCGAGUUCGGGUGUAUGGGACCUACAAGUGUGUUUCAAACCUCAAAAGCACGCAGGACACGCUGAAGACCACUGUUAUAGCAAACAACAUAGAAAUACUAAACAAAAAAGAAGAAAAAAAGACAAGCCCAGAGGCCAUCCAGAGCAUACUGGCAGCUGAGGGGAUUGACGGGAUAGUAAAGUACAUUGCGCCCUCCAUAUAUGGGCACACUGCAAUCAAAAAGGCAAUUCUCCUCAUGAUGAUAGGAGGCAAGGCCAUCCAGACGAGCACGGGAGGAAGCAUUCGUGGAGACAUAAACAUUCUUUUGGUGGGCGACCCAGGAAUUGCAAAAAGCCAGCUUCUGCGGUAUGUUUUGGACAUUUCUCCUCUGUCGGUGGGAACCACAGGAAGAGGUGCCUCUGGUGUGGGGCUGACUGCUGCAAUAGUCUCAGACCCUGACACAGGCUCGCGGAAAAUAGAGGCGGGAGCCAUGGUCUUGGCCGACACGGGGAUUGUUUGCAUUGACGAGUUUGAUAAAAUGGACGACACUGAGCGGGCGGCAAUCCACGAGGCCAUGGAGCAGCAGACCGUGACCAUUACAAAAGGAGGUAUAUACAUUACGCUGAACGCCAGAUGUUCGGUUUUGGCUGCUGCAAACCCUGUUUCAGGCCAGUACAGGAGCAACCUGUCGCCACGGGAAAACAUUCGGCUGCCCGAGUCUAUACUGACGCGUUUUGAUUUAAUAUACAUACUGGAAGACACGCUGAAGUACGACUCGGAAAUAGCAGAGCACGUUCUGGACAUGCGGAUGGGCAGAAAAGGGUCCAUCAACGAGCUGUCUCGAGAGGAAAUUAGAAGCUACAUUGAGGCUGCAAAGGCCAUAAACCCCGAGCUGUCUGAGGAUGCUGUAAAGCACAUCAGUGUGGAGUACAUGCGGAUCCGAGAGGAGGGCGAAAAAAACAAAACCAGCCUGUGCCGAAAUGUGACGGCUCGGCUGCUUGAAAGCAUUAUCCGACUGUCGACUGCGCAUGCAAAGGCCCGGCUAAGCUCUGUCAUUGAGCUGGACGAUGCAGUUGCCGCGGUAGAAAUACUGGAGAGCACGCUCUGGCGAAAGAGCGUUCGUAUUCGAGAGAAGAAGGCGCAAAACCAGGAAAGCCUGCACUCAAUUUUGUACUCCUACAGAGAAAACAACCCGAAUGACAGAAUUGUUUCCAUUGAAAAGAUUGCCUCCCUGUGCGAAGUGUCGAAAGAGUCUGUGAUUGAGGGGCUCAUGGAGUUCGAGAAAGAAGAAAUUAUUAAGAUAGUGGAUGGGAUGAUAAUAUUCCCGUAG